AAUGACAUAAACCCAUUUGACCUUGUUCCGGUUUCUUGAUCACUGCUUCAUUGCUGCUUCUGUCCUGUGCCCACGCUGCCCCCGUGCCUACGCUGCCUACCCAUCGAGCUGAGACUUUGCAUUGUAUUCAUGUCUUAGUACCAAAGUAAUAACAGCCCAAAAAGAAUGAUCCCCUCGAAGCCUCUAAACGCCAACCGCUCUUAUUUCCUUGCGAACCAAGUGCUGUCCAUUAUGAUCCAAAAUCGCCCGUUUGAUACCCAGCUCGCAUCUGCUAUUACUUCCUCUUGUUUACUGACUGUCGAUUUAGUUUCUGAUGUUCUCCGAUCAAUCCCAAGAUUCUUCUUCCUAUCCACGCGUUCUAUUGGUCGCCAGAAUACUACCCGCCACCGUCCUCCUUUAAAACAGCGCUACCUCAAGCAAGAAUCCCGCAAAUAUCUCAGUAAUGUUCUCGUUCUUGGCCCAGCUGCUUAUAGAGAUCAAAAAAGGGUCAAUCUUGGUUUAAACAAAGCAGUGGAGUUCUUUUAUUGGGUAGAAACUCAUUUUAGCUUUGUACAUACUGAAAGGACGUGUAGAGAGAUGGCUUCCGUAUUGGCUAGAGGUAAUAGACUAGAGAACCUUUGGCAUUUUCUUAAGGACAUGGCGAGAAGAGUGAAUGACGGCGGUGUAAAACUUGUGACUACUAAUACCGUUACCUGUUUGAUAAAAGUCCUAGGAGAAGAAGGCCUGGUGAAUGAGGCAUUGGCGUUGUUUUAUCGAAUGAAGCAGUAUCAUUGUAAACCCGAUGUGUAUGCUUAUAAUACAAUUAUUUACGCUCUCUGUCGAGUUGGGAAUUUUAAGAAGGCGAAAUUCCUAUUAGAACAGAUGGAGUUACCAGGCUUCGUGUGCCCGCCGGACACGUAUACAUACACUAUAUUGAUUAGUUCUUAUUGCAAGUACAGUUUGCAAACUGGGUGUAGAAAGGCUAUAAGGAGGAGAUUAUGGGAGGCCAACCAUUUGUUUAGGAUUAUGCUUUUUAAAGGCUUUGUGCCUGAUGUUGUUACAUAUAAUUGUUUGAUUGAUGGGUGUUGCAAGACUUAUAGAAUUGAGAGAGCUCUGGAGCUUUUUGAGGAUAUGAACAAAAGGGGCUUUACUCCAAACCGAGUUACUUAUAAUUCUUUCAUUAGAUAUUAUAGUGCAGUAAAUGAGAUUGAUAAGGCUGUUGAGAUGUUAAGGACGAUGCAGCGGAUGAAUCAUGGAUUGGCCACUUCGAGUUCUUAUACCCCGAUAAUACAUGCCUUGUGCGAAGCAAAAAGGUUGCAGGAGGCUUGGGAUUUGAUGGUUGAGUUGGUUGAUGGGGGCUCUAUACCCAGAGAAUAUACAUAUAAGUUGGUCUGUGAUGCAUUGGAUUCCUUGGGAGAGGGCAAAUUGCUAGACGAUUCAAUCCAUAAAAGAAUUAAAGAUGGAAUAGAGAAUAGAUAUAGACAAGUAAAGAAAGUGAAGCCAAUAAUGGUUACACACUGAUGCAAUAGCACAUGGAAGGUAUAAUCUUGGGCACUUAUCUCACUAUGUUAGAGUCACUUACUUGUGUCCAUAUUGGGUAUCGGCCCAAGUGUGGACCGGUUGGGGGGUGGGGGGAAGGGGUGUGCUGAAGUGGACAGAAGGCAGGCACUUUCAAGAUAGAGCAAGGGUGUCCGGUUAACAUGAAUUACACUCAAUAGAGCAAAGAUCAGGAAAUUUAAAGCAUUAGGAGGGGGAAGGGGUGUAAUGGGGAUUUUCUGUAGUGGACACGCGACCUUUCAAGAUGGAGUAAAGGGUUUCUGGAUAAUGUAUAUUACACUCAAUAGAGUACAGAUCAGGGAAUGAAAAUCCGUCACCCUGCUGGUUUCAUGUUGAUAUAAAAUUGGCCUCACCCAAAAAUCCCAAUGGAGGAGAGUGGCAUUAUCAUAUCAUUCUUAAAAGGUUGACGGUGAAGCUAACUACGCCAUUUUUCCUAGUCAGCAGUCUUAUUUCCUGGUUCAGGUAAUAUUUGCAUACAAUGUCAUGCUUUCGGAUUCCUUCUUCUCUUUGCAGUAAGGUUAAUAGUAUUAUGUCAAAUUUUUUAUGGGGGGAAAAUCCAAUGAAAAGAGGUUGCAUUGGCUUUCUUGGAAAAAGAUGUGUAAUUCCAAAAUUGAUGGUGGUAUGGGUUUCAGAGAUAUGGAGUGCUUCAAGAGAGCUCUAGUGGCAAAACAAGGUUGGAGGAUUCUCUCCAAUCUCUCCAAUCUGGACUCCCUGCUAGCCUGUGUUUUAAAAGGCAAAUACUAUCCACAUUCCUCUUUCCUACAAGCAGCUCAAGGAAGGAAAGUGUUAUGGGAUGACAAAGCAUUUUUUGGGGAAGAGAAAUUCUCAAACAUGGCACUGGAUGGCAUGUAGGCAAUGGAGAAACCAUUUUCUGUAAAGAGGAUGCAUGGGUUCCCCUUCUUUUUCUGAGCAAACCACAAGUUAAAGAGGGAUAUGAGGAAGAGGUAACUCCAAUUACUCAUUUGAUUAAUUCCUCCUUACAUGAUUGGGAUGUUGGCAUUUUAUCCAGGAACUUUGAACAAGCAGAUAUACAAGCUAUAAGGGCUAUUCCUUUGAGCCUUCUCAAUAGAGAAGACCGCCUUAUUUGGCAUCUUGAGAAGAAUGGGAAUAUACGGUUCGGUCAGGGUAUUGGAAGGCAAAAGAAAUUAGGCAAGUGGAAUCGGGAGACAUUAAUGGUGAUCCUGGCCCAAGUUCAUCAACACAGAAUUCAUCUUUCUGGAAGAGACUUUGGAAAAUUAAUCUUUCUAGCAAGAUAAAAAUUUUCUUCUGACUCUUUUGUUCUGAACACCUUCCCUGUAAAGAAGUUCUUCAACACCGAAUACAAUACUUUGGUCUUGCUUUCCCUUUCUGUGGGGACGUGGAAUCGAUGGAUCACCUCGAUCUGGUUAGUUUCUCCACUCCAGCUGCAAUCGUCUCUUCUGAGAAGCUCUAACAUGAAGGAUAAGUGGCUUGAAAUUUGCCAAGUUCUUUCUCAGGCAGUGAAUUCAGAGAACAUGAUACAAUUUUUUGCUUUUAUCUAUGGCAAAUAUGGAAGGAUAGAAUGACAUGAUUUUUAGGCAGAAUUCCAAAUAGGCCUCUACAUCUGUGUCUUUGGCCUUACAAGCACAAGAGGAUUUCUAGGAAGCUAAUGCUCUGGAACCACAAACCUUGAAACAGAGUUAUUUAGCUCAAAGAGAUGGGGUAGAGUCAGCUAGUCCAACUUGGCAGCCCCCACCUUCUGGUAUUCUGAAACUCAAUUUGAUGCAACAGUGGAUAAUCACACUAGAACUGGUGCUACAGCAGUUGUUCUUCGUGAUCAUUGUGGGAGCAUUUUUAGUGGUGUUGUAGUUUGUGGAGUUCUUUUUACAGACCGCUUAUAAUUAGAAAGCAUUUAAUUAGAAAGCAUUGCUUGUUGAAAGGC